CGCUCCCACCUCUCCCCAGCCUACUCCUCCUUGGCUGUAACUCUGCCAGUCAGGGCAGCAAACUGCAGUUGAAGACUGCAGUCAAGUGCAAAGGAGAAGAGGAGCCGGGCUGAGCCUUCCCGUUCUCCGCGGAGAGCACUGCAGAGCUCCGGAGGCGUUGCUGGCAGACAGGAUCGCUGCUAUCUUACCCGCGGACUCACCCAAAGCCCUUGGCUCCUCCUUGUUCCUUUAAGUGACUCUGGCACCAGCUGGUGGAGCAGUGGGUGAUGGCAUCUCAGAUUCAAGACCGACUGACCACUGAUCAGGACCUGCUGCUGAUGCAAGAAGGCAUGAUGAUGCGCAAGGUGAGGACCAGAUUCUGGAAGAAGCUAAGAUUCUUCAGACUUCAGAAUGACGGCAUGACAGUCUGGCACGCACGGCAAGCCGAUGACGUAGCCAAGCUCACUUUUUCAAUCUCUGACGUGGAGACAAUACGUAAGGGCCAUGAUUCCGAGUUGCUGCGCAAUCUAAUGGAAGAGUUCCCCCUGGAGCAAGGCUUCACCAUUGUCUUUCAUGGUCGCCGCCCCAACCUGGACCUAGUAGCCAGCAGUGUUGAAGAGGCCCAGAUUUGGAUGCGAGGACUCCAGCUGUUGGUGGAUCUUGUUGCCAGCAUGGACCACCAGGAGCAACUGGACCAAUGGGUGAGUGAGUGGUUCCAGCGAGGGGACAAGAACCAGGACGGCAGGAUGAGUUUCGGAGAAGCCCAGCGGCUGCUGCUUCUGAUGAACGUGGAAAUGGAUCAAGACUAUGCCCUCCGUCUUUUUCAGACAGCAGAUGUGUCCCAGUCUGAUACUCUAGAAGGGGAAGAAUUUGUACAUUUCUAUAAGGCACUGACUAAACGUACUGAGGUUGAGCAACUAUUCGAGCACUUUUCAUCAGAUGGACAGAAGCUGACCCUGCUGGAAUUUGUGGAUUUCCUUAGAGAGGAUCAGAAAGAAAAAGAACACGCCCGCGACCUUGCUCUGGAAUUCAUUGACCGCUACGAACCUUCAGAGAAUGGCAGACUGCUGCACAUACUGAGCAAGGACGGCUUCCUCAGAUAUCUCUGCUCGGAGGACGGGAACAUCUUCAACCCAGACUGCCUCCCUGUCUACCAGGAUAUGACUCAGCCUCUGAACCACUACUACAUCAACUCCUCUCACAACACCUACCUACUGAGGGACCAGCUUUGUGGCCAGAGCAGCGUGGAAGGAUACAUUCGGGCCUUGAAGCGGGGGUGCCGCUGUGUGGAGGUGGAUGUAUGGGAUGGACCUGGAGGGGAGCCCAUUGUUUACCAUGGACAUACCUUGACCUCUCGCAUCCUGUUCAAAGAUGUCGUGGCGACACUGGCACAGUAUGCCUUCCAGUUCUCGGACUACCCCCUCAUCCUGUCUCUGGAGAACCACUGUACCUGGGAUCAGCAGCAUACCUUGGCACAACAUCUGACUGAGAUCCUGGGAGAGCAGCUGCUGAGUACCACCAUAGAUGGAGUGCUGAUGGAUAAGCUGCCCUCUCCAGAGCAGCUUCGAGGGAAGGUCUUGCUGAAAGGAAGGAAGUUAAGCACAAUUGAGGCGGAUAUUGAGGAUAUUGAUGAAGAGGAAGAACUGGAGGACUAUCAGGAGUCAGAGCUGGAUGCAGACCCCUACCCUGAGUUGGAUGCUCUGCUUCAGCCUGAGUCCCAGGAGUUGACCUCUGGGAACAAGCACAUUAAGAAGGAUUCCGCGACCAUCUUGUGCCCAGACCUGUCUGCCCUGGUUGUCUACUUAAGGACUGUCCCCUUCUGCAGCUUCACUCAUUCCAAAGAAAAUUAUUAUAUCUGUGAUAUUUCAUCCUUCUCUGAGAGCAAGGCCAGGCACCUUGUCAAGGAGGCAGGCAACGAAUUUGUACAGCACAAUGCCAGGCAGUUAUGCCGUGUGUACCCCAGUGCUUUGAGGACGGAUUCAUCAAACUUUCACCCCCAGGAACUCUGGAAUGCAGGCUGCCAUAUGGUGGCAAUGAAUAUGCAGACUCCAGGGAGUGCCAUGGAUAUCUGUGAUGGGUUCUUCCGCCAGAAUGGUGGCUCUGGCUACGUGCUGAAGCCAGAAUUCCUGUGUGAUAUCCAGAGUUCCUUCGAUCCUGAGAGGCCCAUUAGUAUUUAUAAGGCCAAGAUCCUCUUAGUCCAGGUCAUCAGCGGCCAACAGCUCCCCAAAGUGGACAGCACCAAAGAGAAGUCCGUGGUGGAUCCACUGGUGAAGGUCGAGCUCUUUGGUGUCCCUGAAGACAAUAGGCAGCAAGAAACCAGCUAUGUGGAGAACAACGGUUUUAAUCCAUACUGGGGGCAGACAUUCUGUUUCCGGGUCCAGGUGCCUGAACUUGCUAUACUGCGUUUUGUGGUAAAGGAUUAUAGCUGGACAUCCCGGAAUAAGUUUAUUGGUCAAUACACCCUGCCCUGGACCUGCAUGAAACAAGGUUACCGACACAUAUCCUUGCUCUCCAGGGAUGGCACUAGCCUCCACCCAGCUUCCAUCUUUGUGUAUAUCUGCAUGCGGGAAGACUUGGAGGAGGAUGAAUCCUGAGAAACACGAGGAGGGACUCAAAGCAGAAAAAUCUACAGAAGCAUUAUCCCCUCCAACCUACAAGUCUCUCAAAAUCCAGAGCCAACAAAAGGAUCAAUCAAGGAUCAAGGCUCCCAAAGGUUGGGGAAGGAUGCCUGACCCCAGAACUAUGAGAACAAUACACAGCCCUGGGACCCCACUGGACUGCUGCUCCUUAGCUGGUCUAAAUAAAGCUGCUCUGCCCAAUCUGGCUCCUGUAUGGUCUGUCAUUGUUAGGCAAGAAUGGGAUGUAUGGGUGGGGGUGGGGCAGCAUUUGGGUAAUCAGGUGGAUGUAUGUGCUGUCACUGUGUGUGUG